AUGUCGGAACCAUCAUCAAUAUAUCUCCUUGACAAGAGAUGUCACAUGGCGAUAAAGAAAGCCGCAAAACUUGUCUAUCAUACUUCUCUUCCCCGGAAAAGAGACAGAGAGGAUGUAAUCAAUAGAUUAAAACAAAAUCUAAAACAAGCAGACAGUACUACAUCGACUAAAAUCCGAAACCGAAGGACGCCCUGGUUUGGAUUCGUAGCUCGAAAAGCCUUCGGACUUAUGGAUUACGACGACCACGAACACAUUUCUCAUGAAAUAGACAAAUUAUACAAUGACCAAAGAGAGAUAACAACAUUCGUAAACAAUUCAACGCAUAUAAUAAAAUCAGAAAUAAACAAAAUCAUCUCCGAUCAAAACAACACUAAGGCCAGAGUCACCCUGCUGUCCAACACAAUCAAUAGCUACGCCACCAAGGUCGGGAACGAGAUCGAGAAAAUGAAACUACGUUUACAUUUUAUGCAAAGAGCCGACGAAAGAGUACAAAGAACGUCGAGUCUAUUACGCUACCUCAAGGAAGCUGAGUCAGCGAUAGAAGACGCUAAGAGAGGGGUCGUCUCAGGAGGAAUUUUUUCACCAGACCAACUGAGAAAUGCAACAAGAGAUAUUACAACUCGUUUUCCCAACCUAAAUCCACCUCAACCAGUGGACCACAUAAAUCUCCAGAUCCUAUCCAGCAUCGCAAAGGUGAACACGGGAAGAAUAGAUAAUGAAUUCCUAAUUAUAAUCACCCUAUCAUUGUUCAACCAAAUCACAUUCCAACUAUAUCAAAUAAGACCUAUACCUGUCCCUCAAACAAUCGGAGGAGCCAUGAGAAGCCUGCUGAUCCGGCCAAGCAAGGAUUAUCUCGCAAUAGACGCCUUACAAGAUCAAUACUUUUUAGCGGACACGGAAACCAUCAAAAAUUGCAAAACAAUUUCAACAGACAUAGCCUGUGAAAUUAACGUCCCCCUCAAAUCAAUAAAAGACAACACGGAGUGUGAACUACAGCUCUAUUUAAAGCCAAACAACGAGAUAAUGAAACAAUGCGACGUCCGAAUAUUGCCUAAAUGUUCAACGCAACUAAUAAAAUUACAUCAAUCGAAUUCCUGGGCUUAUUCUACCUAUAAGACAGAAAACUUUAUAAUAACAUGCGACUCAAGUAUACGCAUCGAACACCAGAUCCAUGGCUCGGGCACCUUCACCUUGUCCCCCGGCUGCGUCCUAACAAGUGAUCAUCUCGUAAUCAAAGGGACCGAAGAAGAAACAGACACAAUCGGUAUCUUCGCCUUCCCCACCAUAAACUUAACACAUCUGGUGACUAACCUCACCGAAAAACCAAAACCACCUCAUCUGCUGACAAACAUCGUCGAAGAACCAGUAGGGGAAAAUACCCUACUCUCUCCAUGGGGUGACAACCUCGAAGGAAACGAGAACAGACUCACGAGGAUUGGACUUCACCAUCAAGAAGAGUCAAAGCAUCGGUACAUCACAAUCGCAAACACAGGCGCAGUGCUUUCAAUUAUAACAUCCCUUGUACUUUUCUUUGGGUAUUAUUACUACGGUUGUUGUUGCAACUGCCUCAAACCUCUGCAAAAAUUUAAAACAAGAAAACAAAAAUCGUUCCAAGGAAAGACAAACGAAACAUUCGAACUCACGGACACAAUUUCAACGUACCCAAGUCGACCAGGAUCCCCAGGACCAGCAAAACACCAACAAAGUCUACCAGGAGUUCACGGACGACAGAAAAUAACACCAUCAACGCCAUCCGCACCAGCAUUCGACUCGCUGACUACGACUACAACUAAAAUGAAUAAAAAUUAA